CCUGCUCCCCCACACCCGCCGGCAGCUCACCCGGUCGGACCGCCUUCUUCCGUCCGAGAUCCCCGUCCCGGCCGCGGCUCCGAAAUGAUGCUGUAUUUCUGGGGUAGUCAGGAAGCCACGGCUCCGGAGAGGAUGGCGCAGCCCUACCCCCCGGCCCAGUACCCCCCGCCGCCCCAGAACGGCCUCCCCGCCGACUUCGUGCCACCCCACCCGCCUCCCCCGCCCCCGCCCGACUACGUGGGCCAGACCCCGGGGCCGGACCCCGGCCUCGCCCUCUACCCACCGCCGGCUCAGGCCCACCCGGAACCACCGGGCCCCGACCCCGGGACACGGCCCGGCCCCGGCACCCAGGCUGUCCCGCCAGCCGACGAAGCCGCACAGACAGACAGCCCAGCGCUGCACUCCUCAGAGAACACAGACAAGCAACAGCCCAAGAGAUUACACGUCUCCAACAUCCCCUUCCGUUUCAGGGAUCCCGACCUGCGGCAAAUGUUCGGGCAAUUCGGAAAGAUUUUAGACGUGGAGAUCAUUUUUAACGAGCGGGGCUCCAAGGGUUUUGGGUUUGUAACUUUUGAAACUAGCACAGAUGCCGAUCGGGCGCGAGAGAAGCUGAAUGGGACAAUCGUAGAGGGACGGAAAAUAGAGGUGAACAACGCCACCGCCCGGGUGAUGACCAAUAAGAAGACAGCCAGCCCCUAUACCAAUGGCUGGAAGCUGAACCCCGUGGUCGGGACCGUCUACGGCCCGGAAUUCUAUGCAGUGACUGGAUUCCCGUACCCGGGCCCGGGCGCCGCCCUGGCCUACCGAGGGGCCCAGCUCCGGGGCCGAGCGCGAGCCGCCGCCACCGCCGCCGUCUACAGCCCCUUCCGGCCCGCCCCGCCCCCGCCCCCCAUCCCCGCCUACGGAGCGGUCGUCUACCAAGACGGGUUUUACGGCGCCGAGAUUUACGGUGGCUACGCGGCGUACAGAUAUGCACAGCCGGCGGCGGCGGCGGCAGCCUACAGCGACAGCUACGGGCGAGUGUACGCCGCCGCCGCCGCCGCCACGGACCCCUACCCCCCUCACCACCCCAUCGGCCCCGCCGCCCCCGCCUACAGCAUCGGAACCAUGUGAGAGACCUCCUGCCGUCUCCCUCGGGGAUGACCAAGGGCGAAAUCCACCUGAAACAAACCAACACAAAAAACCACAAACCAAC